UGAACAUGUUGAAAAUGUCACCCAAACUGUGGGCGAUUAGCUUUAAAACAUUUUCUGAUGUCAUACAAUAUGCAUGUAUCUGACAAGUAUUUUUGUAUUGAGAUGAAUUCUUCUCGCAAUAAUCUAGUUAUAAUUGGGGAUUAAAUAUUUAAUAAUAGGCACGACUUUAAAGAAAAUUAAACAGGAUGUUUCUGAAAAUCUGGAACAUGAUCAAGUCAAGUCUUGAAUGAUAAGCAAAAGACGUCAGUGCUUUAAUUGUUUGUUGUUGUUUUUUUUUUUGUUUUUUUUUUUCAAAAUUUUGAAGUUUUAGGUACUGUCUCUUCACAAUAUCAUAAGUUUUUGCAUAACAAAAAACAAUUAGAAUAUAUUCAUAUGUGUUUGAUUUACCCUUAAAACUGCAUCAGGUGUUUAUAUUGAAGGUGUACAAUUAACUUUCAACAAGCCAAUAACAAAAUAAAUAUCGCUAGUAUUUUGCUUAUGUCAAAUUUCACAAUUACCGGACCGAUAGGAUAAGUAUAUUGCAAUUAUUUUGAUCUGUAUUUUCUAUGCCUACUCUGUAACCCCUUCGCAUUACUUAGCAUCUUCAAUUCAACUAUGUGUGUCCACGGAGUGCCCACACUCCUACAUCUUGAUAAAGUUAUUUUGCGUUUCCCCGUUAAACGUUUUUUUUUUCAUUUUGCUUUUCACCCAUGCAUACUAAAUAAAUGUGUCCGAAACAUGAAUAUUAUUUUGUGCCAAUUAGGGCCUGGUUUCGUGCUGUUAUUGCUCUUAUUGCGUAAUCCUGAAAGGGUUGACAUUUGUAAAAAAUACACGUACCAUUGCACUGUUUCUUAUUUUAUCGUUUAGCAAAGAUGUGAUAUGCAGAAAUAUUAUUUUAGGAAUUGUAACAAUCUAACUACUCAUUUUUCUGUGAUAAAAGUGUUUCAUAGUAACCAAAUAUUUAAAUCACUGGAGUGGUCGUUAAUGUAGUAAUACAAUAUGAACAUAUGUCCGCAGGUUAUAAAAUCGGCCAGUCCAGCAUUCUUGGAGCUGAUGUGCCUAGGUGGAAUCUUGGUAUGCUCACAGUUCUUCACUGAACUUUUGGAAACAAAUGUGUUGAUGUGUACCAUACGUAUUUGGCCACAACAUGUUGGUUUUGUUAUUUUAUACGGCUCCCUGGUCAUCAAAACAUGGAGAAUAUCAAUGAUUUUCACAAUCGGUGCCCGCAAAAGAGUUAGCCUACCGGAUGCCGUACUGCAUAAAAGGUUAGCUAUUCUCCUACUGGCUGCUAUUGCAAUACUGGCCGUGUGGACAACGAGUAGCCCACCAGAAAUAAGUGCACUUAGAACCUCAGACAACCUGAUUUUCUAUGUUUGCAAGUUUGGAAUUUGGGAGUAUACCGUCAUUGGAGCUGAAGUCAUAUUGCUGUUGUACGGUGUGUAUCUAAGUUUUACAAUAAGGAAAGCACCUGCUCAGUUCAGUGAUAAAUUUAUGGCGUAUGCAAUAUACAAUGCCAUCAUUCUUGGCCUAGUAAUGUCCUUAGUGUCUCGCCUGUUCAUACCGGUUACUGGUCCUGAUAUGAUAUUAGUACUUGAGUUUGUGCAGGUUCAAGUCUAUGCCUCAGUCACACUUCUCAUUAUUUUCAUUCCUAAAUUUCUGGCUGUCAGAAAGGAGAGAAACAACCAAGUUUGCAAAGCCAUUAUGAGCCAGACUUCUAUACUAGCUGCGGCAGGUCGCUUCAAAUCCAGCCCCUCUGUUGCAAUGGACUUAAAUGUAAAUUUUCUGAACUACAUGGUAGAACAAGUAGAGAAGUCUACACAGACAACCGAAAAUAUAGAAAAACAAACCGCCGAGUGAGCAAUAUUGUAUAGAUCACAAACGGAAUUCUUUCAUUUUGUAUUAGAUCUA